UGUUUCAAACUCGCAGCCGCACGCUCUGACCUGCGAGGAGUCAAGUGAACGCAGCAGGGGUUCUGGGCCGUGAGAUGUCAGGACAGAGACAUUAAUAAUGACGGGACAGAGAGACAACAUGGACAACCAGCCGUCCUUACUGUCCUCGAAGCUCCUACUGAACGACAGACAGGUAGAAGUUCUUCUGUCUCGCGCUUCUCUUACGUGGAAAGAAAUUCGGAAGGGCAAAGAGGGACUUUAUUCUAUUUUUGGAACAGCAAACAGCCACACCGUGCAGGUGUGUGACAUCGUCGCUGUCCACAAGACAGAAGAUGAGAGUGAUACCGAAACCGAGAGGCGACGGAAAAAGACGGAGCAGCACGUGUUCACAGUUUCCUUCGUGAGGAAGCUCCGCCCACACCAGAAGCAGUGCAGCGACGUCACAUUUCACUGUGCCAACCAGGAGCAGUGUGAGCAGUGGGUCCGAGCCACGAACGAGCUGCUGUCAUUACUCACCGACCGUCCAAAGAGCCUGCUGGUGUACAUCAAUCCAUACGGAGGAAAGCAGCGUGGGGAGCGUAUUUACGAGCAGAAGGUGGCUCCGGUGUUCCGGCGAGCCGGCAUCUUUACGGACGUGAUUGUUACAGAGCGAGCUAAUCAUGCCAGAGACCACUUGAAAACAGAGGCCGAUCUAGACAAAUAUGACGGGGUGGUCUGUGUGGGCGGAGAUGGGAUGUUCAGUGAGAUCCUGCAUGGGUUGGUUACCAGGACCCAAACGGACCACAAUGUAGACCAAAACCAGACAGAAGCUGAAUUGGUGCCAUGUUCUUUACGCAUCGGGAUCAUCCCUGCAGGGUCGACUGAUUGUGUCUGCUUCGCCACUGUGGGAACAAACGAUCCAGUUACUUCCGCCUUACACAUCAUUGUGGGUGAUUCCCAGCCCAUGGACGUGUGUUCAGUUCACCACAAUGACGUCUUCCUCAGAUACUCCGUCUCUUUGCUCGGCUAUGGUUUCUAUGGGGAUUUACAGGCAGACAGUGAGAGACGGAGAUGGCUCGGACCUACCAGAUACGACCUGUCAGGAGUAAAAACCUUUCUGCGUCACAACUUCUAUGAAGGCAGCAUCUCUUUCUUCCCUGCUGAGGACAGCGCUGGACACCCAAGGGAUAAGCUGCCAUGUCGAUUUGGGUGCCGCAUCUGUCAGGACUCAAAGGAUGAGCAGAACGAGAUGUCAGCAGAGAAGAAAAAGUCUGGUGACGACAGCGGCGGAGGUUGGAGGACGCUUAACGGUAAAUUUAUCGCCGUCAACUCGGCUAGCAUGAGCUGCGCGUGUCCACGGUGUCCAAAGGGCCUGUCGCCCUCCGCCCACCUCGCCGAUGGCACCACGGACCUGAUCCUGGUCAGGAAGUGCUCCCGUCUGGACUUCUUUAAACACCUCCUCCGACACACCAACAAGCACGACCAGUUCGACCAUCCGUUUGUGGAGGUCCACCGGGUAAGAAAGUUCAGCUUCCAGCCUCGAUGCCACGACUUCACAUCGCCUGAAGAACCGAUCGAACACCCAAAAACAACAAGCUUCAGCUCCGCCCAAACAAGCGCCGUCAGCUGCUGGAGCUGUGAUGGAGAACUCCUGCAACAGGCUGCCAUUCAAGUCAGUGUCCAGCACCAGCUGAUCCGGCUGUUUGCUCGGGGCAUCGAGGAGCAGUGAGGAGCAGCAGCCAGAGCGACGUGAAAGAAAAAAGAUAGAACAAAGAAGAUUCCCCGUAAACAAACAUUGAAUCCCAAAACCUGGGACUGAAUAAUCUCUAAAAAGUAGAAUCGCAGAACUGAUAGGAACAUUUAAAUUUAAUAGUUUUUGCAACUGUGACCCCAUUUAAACCCAAAUCUUUUCUUUUUUUAUGUUUUUCUUUUGACAAAUGAAACGGAGAGGAUCUCAAAAAGAGCCGAACUCUUACCGCAGCCGCUGCAGAAGCUUUCCAUGCUGCUAUAAAGGACAUUAAAGAAGGACUCAUUCUGUGAAGAGAUGGUAAAGGAGAAGCUUUGUGGGAGGGAUACAGAAAAAUGCCAUAAAGUUCACCAAUGAACUUUGAAAACACACAUAUACACGGGGGCUGAUCUUUCUUUUUGGGAAUGAAAAGGUUUGACCCAGGUGAAAGCUGAUACGAGCCGCAGGCGCUAAUAAAAAGAGGUAAAUAGCUGCUAAUAC